GCCGCCAGGUAUCCGCGUUGUUGCCACCAUGUUAAAGGCCCUUGUUUUGUCAUUGUCCAUUGCUCUGGCAAUAGCCGGUUACGACAAGAAGGUUCACACACCAUGGACAUUAGGUUAUGGUAGCGGACCUUACAGAAACCUGCUUGGAAGCUACUAUCAAGUUGGAUACAAUCAAGGCUAUGGAUAUCCAGGUAGAAACCUUUUAGGUGGAUAUGGAUACUAUCCAGGCCUUUUCGGCGGUUACGGCAACAACUACUACCCAGGAAACAACUAUUAUGGAUAUUCACCUUAUAACAACUUUAACUCAUUCUACGGAUACAGCAAUGGAUACUAUCCAGGUGGAGUUAAUUUCCCAGGAUAUUAUCCAGGACAAAAUUUACCUAAUGUUCUGUAUCCCGGAAAUACCCUUACCACCUACCCAUCUGUGAAAAGAGUUUACUAA